CCAAAAGAUAACCCGUAUGCACGCAUGCGCAGUCGAACGUCCGACAUUUUGCGCCAAGUUUUCACGGGCUGUGGAAAGUGGAUCUUGUACGGAGCAGGUUGGUCGGGGAGAAAAACAUUGUCAUUUCCUCCAUGGAGAUGACGGAUUAUUCCAUCGACGCACAUGCCUGAGCAUCGGAAGAAGGAUUCCAGUUAUUCAUAAUUGAUGACUUGGCUGUAAUUUGUCGCCUUGAAGCACCAUGUCGAAUGCAGAAUUAUGGGACUUGGAUACCAGUGGGGGUAUCAUGGAGCAAAUCCAGAUGCUUGUUGCUCCGCCAGUCAGUGCAGAUGCCUUGAGGAGAUCUCGUCGUAGAAGAGAGCGUGAUGUGUACAGACGGCCCGGCCGUUCAGUCAACCAUGACUGCUGUGAUAGUUGUAAGGAAGGAGGGGAUCUGAUCUGCUGUGACAAAUGUCCGGCUGCCUUUCACCUUCUCUGCCAUGAUCCGCCCCUGACAGAGGAGGAACUGCCGACAGGUGAAUGGUUGUGUCACAAAUGUCGCAUUGGACCACAAGAGACAAAAGAUGAUGACACAGAGAGCACUUCCAGCAAAUCUUCAGUGCGGUCGAGUCGUGGGAAGAGAACGGCAGUCCAGGUGGAGCCUGAGGGGGAGUCGGAACAUCCCCUCCGCACCUUGGUCAAAGCAGCCCGAUUCAUGAACCCCGUCCAGUUUGAUGUGGGCAAAGAGAUCUCUUGUAAUAAACCUCUGCCAGGGAGCAGCAAGAGAUUGUAUGGAAAAGCGGCGAGAAACCUGCCCAAGAAGCAAAGCCAUGAGCUGGAUAACGGCCUGGUUCCCCUGCCAGCGAAAGUUUGCUUUACUUGUAACAAGAGCUGCCGGAUAGCACCACUGAUCCAGUGUGACUUCUGUCCUCUCUUGUUUCACUUGGACUGCCUGAACCCUCCCCUCACCUCACUGCCCACUGGACGAUGGAUGUGCCCGAAUCAUGUGGAACAUUUCCUGGAUUCCCAUUUACUGAGGAGCCAGAGCCUGACAGAGAGAUUACGGCUGUGGGACCGGUACUCGGGGUUAGUGGACAGUCACACUGUCAAGGUGGACUUCCUCAAUAAGGUUCACCGCAAAGAUCCCAUGUUCAGACUCAAGAGGAAACUGCCGGCACGGCCAACCAUAAGCGUGCCUCCAGCCAUCAAACACUUCUACGAGAACCCAGCCCCUCUUUUACCAGACCCCUUCAGGGGACCGCCUCCUGCUACUGCUGCACACGAGUUGCCGGGGGCCAGGGGAACCUAUGCAGCCACCUUAGAUGAACAAGAAGAGUGGCUUUCAAGUGUGGUGUCCAUGCAGUCCAGUGUGGCUAAAUUCAUGGCCCAGAGGCAGUUGCAGAAAACGUUUGAUGGUCUCAAGUGUUCCGAUUCUACUUUAGCGUCUCACAAACCUACGGCCUCUGUGGCGCCUGUUGUACAAAAAGACGCUGAAUUGUGUGUGACUACCACGUCCUCAUCCGUUCCCUCCGAUAUUUUCAUGGAGUCUUCUAAAUUAUCCUCUUCCUCCUCAUCAUCUUCAUCUUCAUCAUCAUCGUCAACCAAUACUGCGCACGAAUCCCUCGACUGUGAUAAUAAGUUUCAGCAACAAUGUUCAACGGCACUUGUUAACGGAGAGCUAAAGUCAAACUUUGGUGGACUAGCAGCAGACAGAAACAGUUGUGCACCAAACAGGACUGGAAAUUCGUUUUCAUUGUUGCACAACAGCACUGUUGGGAAAACGUAUAACAAUAACAAUGGAGUAAGCAAUAAUUCAGUGGAUGUUCCUGCCUUGAAUGGAGACUUGGACAUGUGUGAUGUGGAGAUGUUAGACAGUUUGGAGGAGAGGAAACACUCGGAGGCCCCGCCUCGGCCACGCAGCAAUAGUGCGGACUCGGUUCCCUCCCCUUCUGGCAAGUCGGACUGGGCUCAGGGAGACCAUGCGGAUGUCAUGGCAGUCAACGGCAACAGUGAUGGCAGCAGCAGUAAGAGUAUUGUCAUCAACACUUUCAACAAGAACAAUACUGUUGUCACCAAAGUCUUGCCGGGAAUCUCUCAGACGGCGAAGGUAAUAUUGCCCGGCAGCAAGACAGUGGGCCACACUAACAGUGUCAACUUAGGCAGCAGCAGCAGCAACAACAACAGUCCCCAGCCCCAGCGACUCCUGGUUCAACCUUCUAAGGCAGCUUCUACCUCCAGCACCACCGUGGUGGGACCAAAAGUCAUCACAGUGUCGGCCACUGCUCUAGGUCGAUCAAACAGCAACAACAACAAUAACGUGUCGGUUUCUUUUGGAAAGUCGGGUAAUUCAUCAGUCAGCAGUAUUCUUCCUGCUGUUCAGAAUCUUAACCAAGCUCUGCAGCAAUGGAUUUCUGAAGGGGCAGAUUUUGAGCUCACCAAGUUUGAUGAGAAGCUGACCCAGCUGUUGGCCUGGCAGCGUCUGCAGCAGCUUUUACCCUCGUCCAAGUCCAGCUGCAGCCAGCUCCCGGCUGCCACCUCCAGCAUGUCAAGCAGCAGCACGUCUGUCACCUCCUCCUCCAGCUCCUCAGGGAAGAAAGGACUUCUCAAUGCAUACCUGUCGCAGCAGAGUAAUGCUGAAGUUCGAGCAAGAGCUGUGUUAUGUCCCCUGUCUGGCAAAGGUCAAGCCAUUCCGAUGCCGUACAGGUCUCUCAGUCUGGGCACAGGUGCAGAUAUGGAUGUGUGUCUUAGUGAAUUUGGCCACUGCAAUUUUAUUUCUGGCCAUCAUGCAACCAUUUUCUAUGAUGAGAUGAGUCGUCACUUUGAGCUGCUCAACUACAGCGAGCAUGGCACCACGGUGGACAACGUUCUCUACUCCUGUGACUUCUCGGACAAACCGGCCACCACCCCUCAACCCCUGCCUGUGGUGGCCGCUGUACGGGGCAUCAUCGGGGGCAAGGGGCGCUCUAAAGGCGGGGCCAAGUCACGCGCCGCCUGGACGCAGUCGGAGAUCAGGGACACAGACAAGCUGAAAAUGUCGGCCAAGGCUCAGGAAGGGAUCUGCGCCUGCAGCUGUAGGGGGAGCGGGUCCAGCCUGAUUGGUGGGAGUGGGGCGGGCUGGGAGGGCACGGCCUUACUACACCACGGCAGCGCGGUCAAGGUGGGCUGUCUACAGUUUGUGUUCAGCAUUGUGGACCAGGCCCCCGAUCACCGGCUGGCUGGCAGUGGCCGUGACUUCUCUUCCUCCUCCCUGUCCGUCCAUCACUCGGCCUCCUCGGCUAUGUCUUCGUCUAGCGCGCGGUUCUCCUCCAUGCCGCUUCUUUCCUCCUCCCAGUACCUGCACAACCAGCCCAGCACCUCCCUGCUCAAGACUCAGCUCCGGACCACCACUGCACCCUGACAAAAGGAUGUCCCGAAACUUGGUGAUGACACGUGUUGGGAGUCUUCUAGAGACACACAGCUCAGGUCCACACUUGCACCCUGGAGAAAGGAUCUCCUGGAACUUGAAGAUGACACGUGUUUGGGAAUCUUCUAGAUACAAGUGGCUUAGGUCCACACCCACACCACCGUGAAGAAAGACCAGAACCUCUCCACUGUCACCCAGGAUCUUCCUGUUAGGAUAGGAAAUUUGUUGGGAGCUGCUCAUGUUUACCACAGCUUGUUCGACUGAUAUCAGCCCCCCCCCCCAAGAUUUACCCUGUACAUAGAGGUGACUCGGAUUGGUCAACUUGAAGGGACACAAUUCAGAUCCACCACCACCCCCCUGACGUCCUCACCAUUGCCGAUCAGUAGAGAUGGCACAGCUUGGAAACUGUUAGAAGAGAUAUAGCAAUAUACACAGUGUGUGUUUCCCAUGUUUUUGACACAGUGUUUGUUCCCUGCAUACCAACACACUGUGUGUUCUCCAUAUUUUGACACAUUGUGGGUUUCCCAUGUUUUGACACACACACACACUAUGUAUUCCAUGUGUUUCAACACACACACACACACUGAUGUGCUCAUAUGACCUUAUGCAGUUGCGAGCGCUGUAAAACUCUUACUAAAAGAACACACCCCGUGUGUUCCACGCGUUUUGACACACACAGUGUGUUCCUAGUGUUUUGACACACAGUCACAUGUGUGUUCUCUCCUUAGUUGCCAGUUUGUCGGUUUCUUAGUAUGAGAAGUGGGAGCUCAUUAGUUUUUUUGUCUUGAUGAUCCGGCUGGUUCUGGGUCUUGUAAUGUCAAAAAUAAUGCAGGCUCUUCCGUGUGUUUUGUGUAGUGCAGAGUGUGAGUGUGUAUGUGAUCACACAAUACUGUUUCUUAUAGGAACACUGCCACAAGUAGCCACAGUGUGAUGAUGAUUUUCCAGCUGUGUUGCUUCUCCUUUUGAUACGGGUGUGUGCGGGAGAGGGGGUUGGUUGGAAGGUGUGUAUCUUUGAGUUUUUUUUCUUCACUUUGUAUUGAAUGAUUUUGUGGUAAUAUUGUGUUUGGUUUAUGUCGGGGGAUUUUCUGCCAGGUUUGGUCUCAUUGGCUCUAGCAGAAGCCACAAGUCAUCUAAUUUUUUAUGUUGUUCAGUUUCACUUAAGAAAUAUUCUCCUCUAUGGUUGCAUUGGUCAUCGUCGGACACUGAUGGACAAACUUGUUAUUAUCAU